UUUACAAAAUACCCACCUAUACAGGGAGUAAAAAAGGUGCUUUUCAAGUUUUUCUUGUUAAGAUUAAAAAUGGCAACCCCAAUAAAGAUGAUUUUAAGCCCAAAAAUCUUAUCUCCCAUAGGAAAUAAGGUAAAUUCCUUAUUGUUUAUACCAACAACUCAAAAAAGUUUAAACAUUCCAAAGAUUAUUUGUACAUCACCAAUACAAGAUAAUUAUAGUAAUAACACGAUAAAAAUACAUGUAACAAGAUGUAAAGAUCACAAAAAAGUCUUAGAAAUUAAUACACCAAAUAAAAUUGAUCUUUUAGAAAAUGGUCUCGCCGGUUUUGAUUUUAACAUUUUGGGUCGAGGUUCGUUUGGAACUGUGGUAAAAAGUACUUAUAAAAACAAAGCGGUUGCCGUAAAAAUCGUUAAAUUACGUGAAAAUAAGAAAGUGUUGAAUGAAACGUUUGCUUUGAAUUUAAAUCAUAAAAACGGAACUAUUAGUUACACAGCUCCUGAAUUACUUUUGGGGAAAUCACCAACGUUUAAAUGUGAUAUAUUUUCAUUUGGAGUUCUACUUUGGCAAUUAAUGCAUCGAGAUACCCCCUACAAAGGAAUCUCGUUGAAAAUCGGACCCCGAGAAAUACUAAUGAUGCCUGCGGAUGAUGUUUAA